CCAAGACGGCUGAAGACACUAGUGGGAUGGGAUGGAAAGGGUGUAAUAGGGAAAGGAUAAACUAAGGAGGCAACCCCAUUGCUCGCAUCCAGCCACCUUCCGUUUUCUUUUGCGAGGUUCGGGGCUUCCAGCUCUUUUCUCGGGCUCCUCUCUUCAAAUAAACGAGCUAGGCGUUGUGUUCAAACAGAGCAAGAAAAAACGGAGAAUAGACAAUGUGCCGCUAAAUUAAUGCUCCGCUUCUGCAAACGCGCCUGAUGGCUGACUUCGUCUCCCUCGACUGGAAAAAUCAAGAGAUCAGCUUCAUCCUGGAGGAGUCCUGCUUGCAAUUCUGUUCUGACACAAGUUGUCCAGUCUGGAGUGUUCCAAUGGACUGCUAUGAAAUGCAUGUGUAACAGGGCAUCGGGUAGAUGGAUUCUGAGCUACCACUGUCUGUUUGCUGGUUCCUACAAGCUGCUGAAUGAUCUGCUUGUGCCUGGCCCUGCCUGAUCCCAGGCAAUUCCCCAGUGAUCAUGUGGUGGCUGCUCCUUCCCAUCACCAUCAUAGCUGGUGUCCUGCUCUCCUGGCCACCCCCUGUUUGGGGCACCCGUGUUGUCUUCACUGCCCCGGACAUGGCCCUCACCCAUCUGGCUGUGCACCAUGAGACAGGGGAGGUCUAUUUGGGUGCCGUCAACCGCAUCUACAAGCUUUCAGCCAACCUGACCCAGCUACGGUCUCACACCACGGGGCCAGUGCCGGAUGACCCCAGAUGCUACCCUCCCCCAGGCGUCCGGCUCUGUGCCCACCGGCUGUCCCCUGCUGACAAUGUUAACAAGCUGCUUCUGAUUGACUACGCUGGCAACCGUCUCGUGGCUUGCGGCAGCGUUUGGCAGGGAGUGUGCCAGCUCUUGCGGCUGGACGACUUGGCCAAACUAGGGGAGCCUCACCAGCGCAAAGAGCACUACCUUUCAGGGGGGCGUGAACCAGACGCCAUGGUUGGUGUGAUUGUGGAGCAGCUGAGAGAGCCCAGCCAGUUCUUUGUGGGCACUUCAAUUGGAGGGCGUUCGGAGUACUUCCCCACACUCUCCAGCCGCCGGCUUACUCCUGAUGCCACCAGUCCAGAGAUGUUCAGCCUGGUAUAUCAGGAUGAGUUUGUCUCUUCCCAAAUCAAGGUCCCUUCUGACACUCUCUCGCUCUACCCUGCCUUUGACAUCUACUACGUGUCUGCCUUUGUGUCUGGUGGUUUUGUGUACUUCCUCACUUUGCAGCUUGACACUGCUCAGACGCCUCUCGAGCCUGCUGGAGGUCCCGUUGGCCCUGGUGUGACGGGUGGGGAGCGCUUCUUUUCAUCCAAGAUUGUGCGCCUGUGUGCCAAUGACACAGAGUUCUACUCUUACGUGGAAUUUCCUCUGGGCUGCUCCAAGGACGGGGUGGAAUACCGUCUGGUGCAAGCGGCUCAGCUGGCCAAAGCCGGCAGACAAUUGGCCCAGUCGCUGGGCAUUGCAGAAGGGCAAGAUGUGCUUUAUGCCGCCUUCUCGCAAGGCCAGAAGAACAGGGCAGCACCACCCCGGGAGAGUCUGCUCUGCCUUUUCACGCUGGAUGAAGUCAAUCAGCGCAUCCGUGAGCGUAUCCAGUCUUGCUACCGUGGUGAAGGGCGACUCUCUCUACCGUGGCUUCUCAACAAAGAGUUGCCCUGCAUCAACACGCCCAUGCAGAUCAAUGGCAAUUUCUGUGGGUUGGUACUGAACCAACCCCUAGGAGGGCUGCAGGUCAUCGAGGGACGCCCGUUGCUUCAGGAACAGACCGAGGGCAUGGCCAGUGUUGCUGCUUAUACCUAUAGUGGCCAUUCAGUCGUCUUCAUUGGAACCCGUGCUGGCAACCUGAAGAAGGUUCGUGUGGACAAUCCAGAUGAGGCCCAUCUUUAUGAGUCUGUGCCAGUGAUGCCUGGAGAGCCUGUGCUGCGUGAUAUGGUCCUGAGUCCUGACCAGCGCUACCUCUAUUUGCUCAGCCAGAGACAGGUGGUGCAGCUUCCUGUGGAGAAUUGUGGACAGUAUCUUUCCUGUGUCGAUUGCUUGGGCUCCCGAGACCCACACUGUGGCUGGUGUGUCCUGCACAAUAGGUGCUGUAGAGAAAGCGAUUGCCCCCGUGCUGCAGAACCACACCGCUUUACAGCAACUCUGACACAAUGUGUGCAGUUGCAGGUUGAGCCCAGUAAUAUCUCAGUGACAGAACCUAGUAUUGUGCUUCAGCUUACAGUCCACAAUGUCCCAGACCUGAGUGCUGGUGUCACUUGCUCCUUUGAGGGCCUUGGGGAGAGCGAGGGACAGCUUCAGGUAGAUGGAGGGAUCCACUGCCUUUCACCUACUUUGAGGGAUGAGCCCCCUGGAGAAUAUGGUGACGUACGAACUGUUAGGAUCCAACUUCUGUCCAAGGAAACUGGCAUGGAAUUUGCCAGUACAAACUUUGUAUUUUAUGAUUGCAGCCUUCUACGCACGUGCUUGUCCUGUGUCAGCAGCCACUAUCCAUGCCACUGGUGUAAAUACAGGCAUACAUGUACCCACAAUGUGGCCAAGUGCUUCUUCCUAGAGGGCCGAGUCAACACUGCUGAGGGCUGCCCAGAGCUCCUUGCUGGUGGGGAGAUCUUGAUUCCUGUGGGAGUGUUACAACCCAUUACCCUGCGUGCCAAGAACCUUCCACAACCUCAGUCAGGCCAGAAGAAUUAUGAAUGUGUCUUGGGAAUCCAAGGUCGCCAACAGCGGGUGCCAGCUGUACGCUUCAACUCCAGCAGCGUACAGUGCCAGAAUACCUCGUAUUGGUAUGAUGGUGAGGAGUUGGGGGAACUCCCUCUGGACUUUGAUGUCAUUUGGGAUGGAGAUUUUGCCAUUGACAAGCCACCAGGAUUCAAAGCUCUCUUGUACAAGUGUUCAGCCCAGCGCUCUAGCUGUGGACUGUGCCUCAAAUCAGAUCCACGUUAUGAGUGUGGUUGGUGUGUACCUGAACGUCGUUGCCUUUUGCGUCCUCACUGCCCAGCUUCCAGGCAAAAUUGGGUGCCACCCGGUCGGCGUGGGGCACGUUGUACUCACCCUCGUAUUACACAGGUAUUGCCACUGACUGGUCCCAAGGAAGGUGGGACUCGGGUGACAGUUUGGGGUGAGAACCUGGGUCUUCAUUUCUAUGAGGUCGGUGUUCGGGUAGCAGGUGUCCGAUGUAGCUCUCUCCCUGCAGAAUACAUCAGCGCUGAGAGACUGGUGUGCGAACUUGAGCCCUCGCUUUUGCCAGAUCCUCCCCCAGGCCCCGUGGAGCUCUGUGUAGGGGACUGCAGUGCUGACUACCGGACCCAGUCAGAUACUCCUUUCACCUUUGUGACCCCCAGCUUUUUUGGGGUGGACCCAGAACGAGGUCCCACCUCAGGUGGGACAAAAAUCAGCCUCCUAGGAAACCAUCUGGAUGCUGGGAGCAAUGUCACAGUUGCAAUUCGAGGAGCGCCAUGUCGCCUAAUCGGGCGUAGUGCAGGGGAGAUCGUCUGCCUGUCUCCCCCCUCGGCAUCAGGCCCAGGUCCUGCCAACCUCAGUCUUCGCAUUGACCGUGCCAACAUCAGCACAAACGGGACAGUCUUCUUCCGCUAUAGUCCUGACCCAGUGGUCACAGCCGUAGAGCCUGCUUGGAGUAUUGCGAAUGGUAGCACCAGCCUCACAGUGAGUGGGACCCACCUCUUAACCAUUCAGGAACCACGGGUUCGGGCUGCUUAUGGCGGGAUAGAAACCAUCAAUAGUUGCCAGGUGCUAAAUGACUCCAUAAUGUUGUGCAAGGCCCCGGGCAUUAUACCUCGGGAGCAGGCACUGCCCCUUGGAGGUGCUCACCCUGAUGAGUUUGGCUUCCUCUUGGAUGAUGUGGCUGCCACCCGGACCUUGAACCGUUCUGCUUUUACAUACUACCCAGACCCUACUUUUGAGACCUUUGGGCCCAGCGGCAUACUGGAAAUUAAACCCGGAUCCCAUGUUGUCCUCAAGGGCCGGAAUCUGAUCCCUGCAGUUUCCGGCAGCACACGACUCAACUACACAGUGCUGAUUGGUGGAGAACCUUGCACCCUGACUGUUUCAGAAACCCAGUUGUUGUGUGAUUCGCCAAGCCAAACUGGAGAGCAACCAGUCAUGAUCCUGGUGGGAGGUCUAUCCUUCUCUCCAGGCAUCCUGCACAUCUAUCCUGAGGCAGCUUUGCCUUUGCCAGCUCUUGUGGGCUUAGGGGCCGGAGGAAGCCUCCUUUUGGGGGCUAUCAUUGGGGUGCUGGUAGCCUAUAAACGGAAGACCCGGGAUGCAGAUCGGACUCUGAAGCGUUUGCAGCUGCAGAUGGACAACCUAGAGUCACGGGUGGCUCUGGAAUGCAAGGAAGCUUUUGCUGAGUUGCAGACAGAUAUUAACGAGCUGACAAACAACAUGGAUGGCGUGAAGAUCCCAUUUCUGGAUUAUCGGACAUAUGCAAGGCGUGUGCUCUUUCCAGGGGUGGAUGAUCACCCGGCACUUCAAGAAACCAGUACACCACCAAGCACAGAGAAAGGGCUCCGUCUCUUUGGGCAGUUGCUACACACUCGGCCUUUCCUGCUGACCUUCAUCCACACCCUGGAAGGCCAGCGAGGUUUCUCCAUGCGAGAUAGAGGCGCUGUUGCUUCUCUGACGAUGGUGGCCCUGCAGGGCAGGCUUGACUAUGCUACUGGGGUGCUGAAGCAGCUGCUGGCUGACCUCAUUGAGAAGAAUCUGCAGAACCGUGCCCACCCCAAGCUGUUGCUCCGUCGGACAGAGUCAGUGGCUGAGAAAAUGUUGACCAAUUGGUUUACUUUUCUGCUGCAUAGGUUCCUGAAGGAAUGCGCCGGGGAGCCAUUAUUCAUGCUGUUCUGUGCCAUCAAGCAACAGAUGGAGAAAGGCCCAAUAGAUGCCAUCACAGGCGAGGCACGCUACUCGUUGAGCGAGGACAAGCUCAUUCGCCAGCAAAUUGAUUACAAGACCUUGACAUUAUUAUGCACCCCUCCUGAGCCACCUGGGGGACCUACAGUGCCUGUUAAAGUAUUAAACUGUGAUUCAGUGACACAAGCGAAGGAGAAGCUUCUAGAUGCCGUAUAUCGAGGCGUACCCUAUUCGCAGCGGCCACGAGCUGAAGACAUGGAGUUAGAGUGGUGUCAGGGUGCUGGGGGACGGACCGUCUUGCAGGAUGAAGAUGCCACAAGUAAAAUUGAAGGAGACUGGAAGCGGCUCAACACUUUGGGACAUUAUCAGGUGGCAGAUGGCUCCACGGUGGCCUUGGUUCCUAGGCAGGCAUCAGGCUACAAUAUUGCAAGCUCCUUCACUUUCACCCAUUCGCUGAGUCGCUAUGAGAGUUUGUUGCGCACCUCCAGCAGUCCAGAGAGCUUGCGCUCACGAGCUCCCAUCCUUACUCCAGAUCAAGACUCAGGCACCCGCCUCUGGCAUCUGGUCAAGAACCAUGAGCAUCUCGGAGACCCCAAGGAAGGGGAGCGAGGGAGCAAGAUGGUUUCUGAGAUCUACCUCACCCGGCUCCUUGCCACCAAGGGCACAUUGCAAAAGUUUGUUGAUGACCUGUUUGAGACAGUGUUCAGCACAGCACACCGGGCCAGUGCCCUUCCCUUGCCCAUCAAAUACAUGUUUGACUUCCUGGAUGAACAAGCAGAGCGGAGACAGAUUGGGGAUGCUGAUGUUCGACAUACCUGGAAAAGCAACUGUUUGCCCUUGAGGUUUUGGGUGAAUGUCAUCAAGAAUCCACAAUUUGUUUUUGAUAUUCACAAGAGCAGCAUCACGGACGCUUGCCUCUCGGUUGUGGCCCAGACCUUCAUGGACUCGUGCUCUACCUCUGAGCAUCGCCUAGGCAAGGAUUCCCCUUCGACAAAGCUAUUAUAUGCCAAGGAUAUUCCUGUUUAUAAAGGCUGGGUGGAAAGGUACUACCGGGACAUCACCAAGAUGGCUUCCAUUAGUGACCAAGACAUGGAUGCCUACCUAGUAGAACAAUCCCGUCAGCAUGCAGGGGAAUUUAACACAUUGGGUGCACUGGGAGAGCUGUACAGCUAUGUGGGAAGGUACCGAGAUGAGAUCCUGACAGCGUUGGAACGGGAUGCUGCCUGCCGGAAACACAAACUGAGGCUGAAGCUGGAGCAAGUCACCACUCUUGUUUCAGGAACAAGCUGAGGAAGCUGGAGGGGGCAGGAGGGCAAAGGGAGCGGGCAG